AUGGGGAUCGUCUCCGUCCUCCUCCGCGGGUGGCCCCGAGGCUUCGCUGUCCGCUCUUCUCUGACCCUUCUCGCCCUCCUCUUCUGUCUACUUGCACCUCAGUGUCGACGUUCAGAGGCGCUCUUGUCUACGUCGCGUGCAGCCGCGGGCGCACUCAGCCUCGGCCGUGCGCUGGGCCCUUCACACGCCGCCGCGCCCUUUCGGAGCCCAACGCGGUCGCGUGCCGCGGAGCCAUGUUCCCCCAGCCCUCACGCUGGGCCCCCGCGAGCGGCAAGCGUUCUUCUCGGCUUGGUUCCGCUCUUCCAGCCCCGAAGUCGGCCGCCGUCUCGAGGUGAAGAAGCGUCCUCGCAGCGCUGCUCAGGCGCCUCAACCGACGCUCUCAGUCAGCAGAAAAGAGGAUUCAGGGAGACAGAAGCGGUCCAAGUCGGCGCGCCGCUCUUCGAAAGGCCCGCCGUCGUAAUCCAAGAGUGCGAAAACGGAGGCGACCGCGCCCAGCGUUUGUCCGGCGGCGCGGAGCGCAUCAGUGGAGACGCAUGCGAACGGGCGAAUGCACCCCCGGGUUUUCUUUUUUCUUCGUCCGCUGAAACGCCGUUGCCUCGAGGCGGCGAAAUACGGAGGGGAAAAAGGAAGUGGUGGAAAUACUUCCUUCCACUGUGGCCUCCCUGGAAGACGCGUUAUUCAAGGCGGCCCCUGGCUGAAAAGCUCCUCUGUAUCCCGGUGUACGUUGUGGUGAACCGCUUCGGCGCCCCUUUUCUGUCUCCGCCCUCGCCGGCGCUCAUCGCGGAGCUUCAGAAGCGGAAAGAGGAGACAGGCGAGGCGUCUAGCCUCCCGCAGACCGCUCUAGCGUUCCUCGAUGGUCAGGAAGCGACCGAGUACCUGCACGAACUCAUCCAAAGCAACCCUGGCGGCCCGCAGGUCGAGGCCCGUCUGUAUUGUAUUCCGCUCUCAACCAUCUGGGAUCAGAUUUGCCGCGUCGUAGUCGACCCGCGCCUGGAGGCCGCUCAAGCGAGACGCGUGGAAAACGCCGCAGAACGGCGGGCGAAAGCUGCCUCCGAGGCGCAGCCUGAGAAUGGCGGACUCUUCGCCUGGAGGUCUUUCCUCGGCGGCGACAGUGUAGCCGACGAAGAAGACGAGAAGGCGAGGGAGAGGGAAGAAGACGGGAGGCGCGCAGUCCAGCCACAAGUGCUUUGGCAGCUCGUGCCCUCAAAAAAACAGGUUCAAAACGCCCGUUUGCACGCGCGUUUCAGCGAGCUGAGAGAGGGGACCGGAGUGCCGAUCUUCUACGCGGAUUUGCUGUCCGUGGAGAGAGAUGGAGAGUCCGUUGUGGCUCUAUUCUUCUCGCUCGAAGAUCUCCACGCAGUGUGGGAGCGCCGGCGACAAGAGGAAGCCCAACGGGAAAGGAGCUUGAUGGAGCAACGACGCGCGCGAGUGUCUAAACCAGGGAUGGAAUACGGGAAAGAAGAGAAUGAGGAGGGCAAAAGAGAGGUCAACAGGCCGCCACUGCCGCAGCAACCGCCAGUCAAGGUCUUGAACCUGCUCAAGCUGCUUCUCGCGCAGGCCGAACAGCCCAAAGGCGAGAUGAAGGUCGCGGACGGGUGCUGGGGGUUUGUUCCCAGUUCGGCGUCACUCGCGUUCCUGGAGGAGCAGAAGCGCCGCGGCGUGGGGCCCGCGCGCCUUCUCUUCGGACCAGACGAGACGGAGGGACCGGAGUGA